AUGAGGGUGUGCAGAUUCUCCUGAGGACAUGAUUUGCAACGUAACAUGACGAUCUUCAUUGCGACGUCAUAUGUGAUGGCCCUUCAUCAAAAGCAACGAAGAUGAAAACCUGGGUGCCGCUUGGGGUGGAUCGGAGCCCAAGUGCCGACGUUCGUCUCGUGACCGCAACGUCAGAUCGGUAAGAUGAUGCUUCAAAGAACCGGUAACGAAGAGUUUCUCAGCUGACGAGGUUCCCUAGUCUCUGAGGUUCCUAGCUCAUGUGUUCUGUGUGUAGAGCGUCCGCCGCUCGCUCGGAUCGUCGCUGACGCAUGCGGAAGCGUCCACACCGAUGUGUCUGAUGCAUGGUGGGUUGGUGGGUGGAUUGAAAGGCUGAGUAUCAGACGUGCCGACGUGCGAUUUGUGAGACAAAGGUGCUGUGAUUUUCAGAGCUAAGAGACCCAUGUCAAUUUCUAAUGAUGCAUUCCAAAAGAAAGAACCAUAUCAUAUGUUAUCAGGCAUCACGGGGCCGCACCUUCACUAGGGGAGCCUUCACUAGGCAGUGAUUGGUUCCAUCAAAUUAAAAAGCUUUUGCACGUCCAACAUAAUUACCCCAAGAUUGGUUUAUGUUCAAACAACUCCGUUCCUCAAAGUUCUGUUCCGCAAACAUCCACCAUCCCACCAUGAAACUCGUAUCCUCCACCAUCCUCCAUGUCGCGUCACACAGCCCAGCUCGCCAGGCCAAACAGCCUAGCUCAGGUCGCCUCCCCAAGGAGUUUCUCCUCCAGACAUUCCUUCGAAGAACUGCUCCGAUCCGGCCCUUCUUGUGGCUCGCGGCGGCCGGGCCACGCGUGAAACCCGGCGGGGCCCGGGGCGGCAGGUGGCACGGGUUGCACGGUGCUGCAGAAGAGCUUGCAGCCCAUGCCCGACACGCACCAUGAGCUCGCGCCUUGGCGUCCCACGGGCAUCACGCCCUUGUGUGCUCCCAGGGAUCGUCCUGCACAGGACCUGCGCUGGCGCCCUGCCCGAGGUGCUGUAGAGCUGCCAGAGGACCAGCGUGAGCGGGCACGCCGCGCCAUUGGCGAGCAGUGCAUGAAUGCUCGAGUGCCUGGCUACACGGGUUUCAUCCCCUCGGCGAAGCUGCAGGACAUCUAUGGCCGAACCCAAGCAGCCGUCGGCGCGGGCGCACGCAGCGAGCAGUGGCAAAUGGACCAGCGCCGCGCUGCGCUGCAACAUGCACUGGCCGCCUCGCAGCGGGAAGCGUUGCCACACCCGGAGGAACGCUUCCAGGACCCCGCAGAGGAGCCGCACCCACUGGGGAAGGCCAAGGCCAGCAUUGUGCGGCACUACUGGGUGCCGACCAUCCCCGGCUACAGCGGCUAUGUGCCCGGCAAGCAUGCGGAGAACAUCCAUGGGGGUGGCAUUAUCCACACCUGCAAGAUGGCCGGACGAGCGAUCGCGGAACGUGCCCCGCCGCUGGAGACGCUGCCGGCAGUGACACAGCAGGAUGACCUCCCACGAGGUCGUUUGCUAGAUCACUUCCACACCGAGAAUCGGGAAGAUAGGCCGGAAUACCAGGAGGCUCAUGCAGCCAAACUGCGUGAGCAUUGUAGCAAGCAGAUCCCCGGCUACACCGGCCACGUUCCUCGCGUGGAGGGCGACACCGUGUACGGUGCGACGACUAGAGACGCUAACCUGUGACUUGGCAAGGAUCGGAUCUUCAAUCCGGCAAAUCACAUCAACAUGGUUUGCGCACCCCAAGCUCCAGAAGCGCUGUCUCGGUCGAGCCCUUCACCAGUUGGCGGAAACCGUUGCAGGCAAGCUGCGCAUCUGAGCGUUUCACCACCACAACUGGAGGAGGUCAAGGUUGGCAUGGACCUGCACCCCAACUGGAAACGCUCGGGAUAUCCCACCUAGCACUGCUAUGUCUCAGAACAAUCCCAAGUGCUCCAUGCACCCCUGCCGGUCGCUCGUCCUUUGACCUCCUUGGUUUCACGUCAAAGACCACGAGUGGUCUGAGCCCCA